AUGAAUAACAGUAGAUCAAAGUUAUUGGUGGAUAUUGCAAACUCCAGAAAUAAUGUUUUAUGCGUUUCUGAAGCACAAGAUUUAAUUAAUUAUAUUGCUGAAGCGAAUGAGGAUACACAUGCAUAUACCGAAAAAGAUGUAUCAAUGGAUCUUGAGAAUCGGCAUUUGGAAGUUUCUAUCGACGAAAGACAAGCUGCCGAAGCACAUAGUGAUGGAGAACAAAAUCAUAUUAUAUCAGCUAAUAUACUAUCGCAAAGUGAUUUAAAUUAUAUAAUCGAUACGGUAGGGGAAAUUUCGAAUGUUGAAAUUGAAAAUUACGAUCUCACCACGCCCAUUUGUGAAAAUGAAACACCACAAUCAAUAACUGAAAAUUGUGGUUCAACACCAAUGCCAAGUCCAUGCAGGUCCUUUGGGGACACUGUAAACGAAUGUAACUAUUUAAGCGAAAGUACUGUUCUCCUAUCUGAUGCAACCUUCAGAUCAAGCCCGUUAGGAUCCAGUGAAAUGUCUGGUUCAUCAACACCGCACCAACGAAAAAAAAAGCGUCAGUAUGUGAAAAAAGCAAUAAUAAGGAACAGAAUUACUAACAAAUCUAUCUGGCUUGAUGAAAAAAGGAAGGUGCUUGUCAAUUUAGGUGAAGCUCAUAGAUCUCGAUCCGGAAAACUACAAAUGGCAAAACAAAUGAAGAUUCCAUGUCCAUCUAAUUGUCGAUUAAAAUGUUUUGAAAAAUUUGAUGUGGUAGCUCGCCAAAAUAUAUUCAAAACCUUUUGGGAUCUAGGUGAUCAUUCUCAUCAGUGGUCUUUUAUAGCGUCGCACGUGAAAGAAAUAAGAAAAAAACAAUGGACACAGGAUUCCAAGAGGUUAAAUGUUUAUAAGUUUUUUUUGCCGCUUUUGUCUCGUAGUGGCCACGAAGAGAAGAUUAUGGUAUGCAAAACCAUGUUUUAA